ACACACUGUGCAGUACUUGCUAGAAGAGAGAGAGGGAGGGAGGGAUGGAGACAGAUACGAGGUAAAAACAACUUGUGUAUCCUCACAACGAGGAGGAAAGAGCUUUUAGAAUCCUUCGGCUCGCAGUUUCAUCAGUUUUCUGUUUUGGUCAGCUCAAAGCCAAGAAGCAGUCGAGGGGAGGAAAACUUCAAAUCAGAGCGGUGACACUGACAGCAGAGCUGGGGAUUUUUUUAAUUCUGACAUUCAGUGAAAGUGACGGGCAAAAAUGAAUCAAACUGCAUCCGUGUCUCAUCAGAUUGAGUGUCAGCCAGCCAAGGACUCCAAGGAGUAUGUGGACGUCAACCCUCCACAGAGGAACUGGAAAGGCAUUGCCAUUUCCCUGCUGGUCAUCGUGGUGGUCUGCUCGCUCAUCACCAUGUCCGUCGUCGUCCUCACACCCGUUGAGGUUCCCGGCAGCAGCAAGUCCAGGCUGACCGUGUCAGAUCUGUGGAAGCCGGAGUUCAGCGUUCAUGACCCGGAGGCCAAGUGGAUCAGUGAAACAGAGAUGGUGUACAGGAACCAGGACGGUCAUGUCAUCGAGUUCAACUUCAUCCUGAACGAGACAGAAGUCAUUCUGAGCAACAGCACGUUCACGGCGUUUAAGGUGGUAAAGUACUCGCUCUCUGCUGAUCGGAAGUACGCUCUCUUCGCUUACGACGUCAAGCAGAUAUACAGAUAUUCAUACACGGCGUCCUACAUCAUUUACAACAUCUACACGAGGGAGGUGUGGGAGCUAAAUCCUCCUGAGGUCCAGAAUGCAGUUCUCCAACACGCAGCAUGGGGAAAACAAGGACAUCAGCUGAUCUACAUCUUUGAGAAUAACAUCUACUACCAGUCAGAUGUGAGGAGUGUGUCCCUGAGAAUCACCUCCUCUGGGAUGGAAGGAGUCAUUUUCAACGGGCUCGCUGACUGGUUGUACGAAGAGGAGAUUCUGCGUUCACACUUGGCUCACUGGUGGUCGCCGGACGGAGAGCGACUAGCCUUCCUCACUAUUGAUGACACUCUGGUUCCCAACAUGGCUCUGCCCCAGUUCACUGGCAGCGCCUACCCACGAGGACUGCAGUACCCAUAUCCUAUGGCCGGUCAGAAAAACCCUGUGGUCAAGUUGUCGGUGGUCAACCUGGUCGGAGCGACGCACACUCAAGAACUGCAGCCUCCUGAUCCACUGAGAAACAGAGACUUCUACAUCACCAUGGUGAAGUGGAUCAGUAACACUCACCUGGCUGUGCGCUGGGUGAACCGGCCUCAGAACAUGUCGCUGCUGACAGUGUGUGACGCCAACUUGGGAGUGUGUCUUCAGAGACAUGCCGACUCCUCAGAGACGUGGCUUUCCAGGCAGAGACAGGAGCCGCUGUUCUCCAAGGACAGGAGCAGGUUCUUCCUCACUCUGCCCGUGAAACAAGGAGGUCAGGGAGAUUUCCACCACAUCACCAUGUUCACAAAAAAGUUACGAAGUGACCAGGACGAAGUGCGCCACCUAACGUCGGGAGACUGGGAGGUGACAAAAAUUGUAGCUUACGAUGAAAACAACCUGAUUGUAUACUUUCUGAGCACAGAGGAAUCUGCACAGCAGAGACACUUAUACAGCGUGUCCACCCUCGGCCUGUUUCCACGGAGAUGCCUCACCUGUGGACUGAAGGAGGAGUGCACCUUCUUUGACGCAGACGUUCACCCUGAUGCACAUCAUGCCAUCCUGCACUGUAAAGGCCCUGGGAUUCCAGCUGUGCUGCUUUUGAGUUUUGAUGACGUGGACUCAUAUUUCAUCUUGGAGAACAACCUGCCUCUGCGGACUGCACUGGAGUCGAAGAGGACGGUUCAAACUGAUAUCAGGAUCAUCUCUAAUGACAACUAUGAGCUUCCUGUGAAGCUCAUCUAUCCUCCCGACUUCUCUGAGUCCUUCCUCUACGGCCUCCUCCUUAUUAUUGGAAGUUUUCCUGGUGAUCAGACGGUGACGGAUGAGUUCAGCUUGGACUGGGACUCUGUGCUGGUUGGUUCCGAGCAGGUCAUCGUGGCGAGGGUUGACGGCCGAGGGUCAGGGUUCAGAGGUCAAAGGGUUUUGAAACAGGUUCACGCGAGGCUCGGCACGGUGGACGCGGACGACCAGAUUGCAGCGCUUGAAUACCUGAUCGAGCUGCCGUUCAUCGAUCGCACUCGUGUCGGAGUAUUUGGAGAGGACUACGGCGGCUUCCUGACACUGACGAUGCUGAAGUCGACAGAGUGGCUGCUCCGAUGUGCUGCAGCUCAGGCUCCCAUCAUUGACUGGUCCAUGUACGCCUCGGCAUUUUCUGAGAGAUACUUUGGCUUGCUUUCAUCUGAGGAGAACAGAUACCAAGCAGCCAGAGUUCUGACCAACAUGAAGGGUCUGCAGGGCAGAAAUCUGUUUCUGGCUCACGGGACAGCAGACGCGAACGUUCACUUCCAGCACUCGGCAGAACUCAUCAAACAUUUAAUAAAGAUCGGCGCAAACUACACAAUGCAGAUUUAUCCAGACGAAGGACACUUCCUGUCAGAACGCAGCCGCAUCCAGCUGACUCACUCCCUGAUCGGUUAUUUUAAAGGCUGUCUGCUCGAUGUGUCGUCGCUACUCGACCAACAGCACGACGACGAGUGAGGGGGUCGUCGGUGAACUGUGCCCGACACUGAGCGCGCGCGCGCCCCUGGUAGACUGACAUGUGUCGCCCGCGUGUGUAGACAUGUGUGUCAUGUGUGUGUUUUAUACCCGUUUAAUUCUUCUCAUCAUACACAAUCAGACUAUUUUUCUGUCACCUGUAGGGGGCACUAUACCAAACUACAGUAUGUAACAGGUGGAUUAGAUGGAGAAGGAAUCAUAUCUUUCUUCUGGAGAGACAUCGCGGGUGAUAUUUAAAUCCCACACAAAAAAGAACAUUUUGUCUAGUAAAGAAAGGAGGGUUUAUUGGACAAAAUGUAAUAUAAUACCCAUAAGUAUGUUUGUAUAAGUGUAUAAUUUGUUUAAAAAGUAUAUAUUUUGGUUUUCAUAGCAUUAUUCAUGUAGUUUAGUCAAGGGCCUUGCUUUACAGAGGCCACCGCCAACAUUUACUGCACAAAGAAAGACGACUGCGUCCUUUUUUGGUCCACAAAGACCACCAUAGUUGUUUUGUUGAAUGGUUGGAUCCAUCUGUCAGUGUAGGUUUGUUUUCUUUUACUUUGACUGGCUUUAAAUGGAUUUUUGACAAGUCAUUUUAUCAACUGCAAGCUCUUUCUCUAAAGUAUUAAAUGGUAUUGUUUUGUUUUGUUUUGAUGCAAAUUGCAUCAGUCUGCUCUGUCGGUGUGUCAUGACUCUAUUUUAAACGCAUGUUCCAAACAUUCUUUUAGAAAAACAUUUAUUUUGUGCCAUCUUAUUACUUGUUGUUUUUGUUCUAUUAUUUUAAUGAGUUUCAGUGGUUGUUGUUCAGGGCAACACACGUAAGCGUGACAAUGUGAUACAGUACCGUUAGGCAGCAAUAGAUGUACAGACAGUUAACAUUGUAAACUGGGCUUUUAUUUAUUGUUGUGUUUACUUGUUUCCCACAGUGUGUAUUUAUCGCUUCUUAAAAAGUACAUUUGUGACACAUAUUUUAAAACGUUUUUUUUUUCACUUGAAGAUUCAAGAUAUUAAGUGGCCUAUUUGAUGUCUAGAGUUUAGAGUCUCAGUCUCUCUCUAUUUAAAUGAAUAGAAAGACUGAACAUCAGUCCAAAAUAAGAUGGAGGAAAGAUGCAAACACAACAUUUCUGUAAAUAUCUGUAAAAGGAAACUAAAGCCUCAGUAUGGACACAUUCCAUGAGUUUUGGUUAAUUUUGUGUAUUUAUUUAAACAAGCCAUGGUUAAAUAUACAUAUACAAAUAAUGAUGUACAGGAUUUAAAGUGUUUAAAUCAUUCUAUGUCCCUUUAAUCCAUUAGCUGAUCAGCUAAUGAAUGACUUUGGAUUGAACCGUUUUUCCUCUGAUUGAAUUUUUAUUUAAAACUGCUGUUUAAUUUCCAGGUUGUUUGACACAUUUUGUGUAUUGCACUGUUGUCUGUAAAGGACGGCACUUAAAGGCGUCACAGUGGAAGUGUCAUGGCAACACAGAGCCUGAGUGCACUCCUGACUGUGACCGAUGGACAUGAGUGUGAUUCAGAGGAUUACUGUCUGUCGCGCACAAGUGCCAUUAAUCACACUGAUGCACGCUGUGGCUUUUAGACAAGAGGAGACAAGUUGCAAGUUUAAUUUCUGGGAAGAGCUUUUGAGCCACGUUGAUAAUCCCCCAGCAUUUGGCUACCAAUCAGUUGCCGUGGCGACCGUUUGGUUUCCAUGGAUACAGCUUCACGUCAUAAUUUAAUUUAAAGGUGAGGCCUGGAGCUGUGUGGGUCUCGGACCAAUCGGAUGCUAAUGCAACAUCUCCCUACAUAGAAUUAAAGACAUUUGCUGUGGCACAAAAAGUCGUAUAUUUUAUUUUUAGUCUCAUUAAACGGAACAUAAAAUAAUAAUGUGAUCAUUUGUCAGUGAACUCAUUAACUCCUUAGGGCUUGAGGAGAGAAAGAAAAAAAAUGAAUAAAUGAUGGAUAAUCAUAACGUAA